AAAAAAGUUUACUUACAUGUUUAAAACACAUCUCCACAUCCUCCUAAACUUUCUCUAACAACACAUUCUUUUACUUAAGAAUUGAGAAUAAUUCAUAGACAUUUUAAAUAGCAAUAAAUAGACAAUUUUCCAGACAGCUAAUUAAAAAUGCGUGUUUCCGUGGUUUGACCGCUACCUCUCUUCCCUAAUCCAUUUUUAAUUCCUUCCCCCAUUCAAUAUUUGUUACCUUUGAUUGAUUUCUCAGCAGCCAUCAUCACCGCUACUUUUAUCACUCUCUCUCACCCAUAAAAAAACCAUGCACUUACACCAAUCUCAUCAACUCUAAAAAACAAAAAAAAGAGUGUGUGUGUUUAUGACUUUCUGUCUGUAACACAGUCAGAGUCAUUUUAGCCUUAAGGUUUGAGUUUCAGUAUCAUCACCUUUUCCAACAUAUUACACGAUGAGUACAAAUCAACAAGAACAUGUUCAGAUCCAUACAAAUCGAAGAUUACCAGAUUUCCUCCAAAGUGUAAAUCUCAAAUACGUUAAACUAGGUUACCAUUACCUAAUCACACAUCUUUUAACACUUUGUUUAAUCCCUCUUAUGUCCGUAAUCAUAAUCCAAGUUUCACAAAUGAACCCAAACGAAAUCCACCAACUCUGGCUCCACCUCAAAUACAAUCUCGUAAGCAUCAUCACAUGUUCCGCUAUUCUUGUUUUCGGAUCCACCGUUUACAUCAUGACCCGACCCAGAUCCAUUUACCUCAUCGAUUUCUCUUGUUACAAACCACCUUCAAAUCUUGCUGUUAAGUUUACCAAAUUCAUUCAACACUCCAAACUCAAAGGUGAUUUCGAUGAAUCUUCUUUGGAGUUUCAGCGUAAGAUUCUUGAACGUUCUGGUCUUGGUGAAGAUACUUAUUUACCUGAAGCUAUGCAUAAGAUUCCACCUACUCCGUGUAUGGCUUCAGCUAGAGAAGAAGCUGAACAGGUUAUGUAUGGUGCUCUUGAUAAUCUUUUUGCUAAUACAAAGAUUAAGCCUAAAGAUAUUGGUAUACUUGUUGUUAAUUGUAGUUUGUUUAAUCCAACGCCAUCACUUUCAGCUAUGAUUGUUAACAAAUAUAAAUUAAGGGGUAAUAUUAGAAGUUUUAAUUUGGGUGGUAUGGGUUGUAGUGCUGGUGUUAUAGCUAUUGAUCUUGCUAAAGAUAUGCUUCAAGUUCAUAGAAAUACUUAUGCUGUUGUUGUUAGUACUGAGAAUAUUACUCAAAAUUGGUAUUUUGGUAAUAAGAAAUCUAUGUUGAUUCCGAAUUGUUUGUUUCGCGUUGGUGGUGCCGCGGUUCUGCUUUCGAACAAAGGCUGUGAUAGAAGCAGGGCUAAGUAUAAGCUUGUUCAUGUUGUGAGGACUCAUAAAGGUGCUGAUGAUAAAGCAUUUAAGUGUGUUUAUCAAGAACAAGACGAUGUUGGGAAAACUGGUGUGUCUUUGUCUAAAGAUCUUAUGGCUAUUGCUGGUGGUGCUCUUAAGACGAAUAUAACAACUUUGGGUCCUCUUGUGUUACCUGUUAGUGAACAGCUUUUGUUUUUUACUACUUUGGUUAUUAAGAAAUGGUUUAAUGCAAAAACUAAGCCUUAUAUACCUGAUUUUAAGCUUGCUUUUGAGCAUUUUUGUAUUCAUGCUGGUGGUAGAGCUGUGAUUGAUGAGCUUGAGAAGAAUUUGCAGCUUAUGCCUGAUCAUGUUGAGGCAUCUAGAAUGACUUUGCAUAGAUUUGGCAAUACUUCUUCAAGUUCAAUUUGGUAUGAAUUGGCUUACAUUGAAGCUAAAGGAAGGAUGAGAAAGGGAAACAGAAUUUGGCAGAUUGCAUUUGGGAGUGGUUUCAAGUGUAACAGUGCUGUGUGGCAGGCUAUGAAACAUGUGAAAGCUUCACCUAUGAGUCCAUGGGAAGAUUGCAUUGAUAGGUAUCCAGUUGAGAUUGUUUCUUAGUUUGAUUUGAUUUGAUAGUUUUUCUAGUAUAUGAGUCAAUCAAAUAUUAGAGAAGGGUCUUGCACAUUUAUCAUCUUUUCAUUUGUUUACAAAUUUAUUGUUGGGUCAGUGAUGUUGUCUCUGCUUUAGAAGUCAGUGUUACUAGGUCCAAACUAGAUUGCUUGAGUUCUAGUUAUUCAACCAUUAUAUUGGGUAAUUAAUUAUUUAUGCAGAGUAAUGUCAUUAUGAUUGAGUAUUUGUUCAUUUAAACUACUAUGCAUCAAGUACCAGUAUACAUUAUCUAA